AAACCGAACCCACAACUUACUAACAUAACCCGGUUGACCUUAACGGACCAUUUCUCACUGUACUGUUGCUAUAUCCCUCCCGCCAAACACAAACGCCGAGUUAUUACGGUCCAUUUCCACACUCUUAAAACCCUCCUUCUUCCUCCACUCUAAUCAUCCGCUCCCAUCCUCCUCACUCAGUUAAUUCGAAACCCUAGAAUCCCAAAAUGAGUUACGCUGCGUACAAAAUGUUGCACUGGCCCACCGGCAUCGAAAGCUGUGCUUCCGGCUACAUAACUCAUUCCCGCGCCGACUUUGUCCCUCAAAUUCCUCCUAUACAAACUGACAAUCUGGAUUCCGAGUGGCCCCCUUCGAAACGCGGAAUUGGUCCCAUGCCUAACCUCAUUGUCACCGCUGGUAGUGUUCUUGAAGUCUAUGUCGUCCGAGUUCAAGAAGAUGGCUCCAGAGAGUCCCGGAGUUCUCGCGAAACCAAGCGCGGUGGUCUCAUGGACGGCGUCUCCGGUGCUUCUCUUGAGCUCGUUUGCCAUUACAGGUUGCACGGUAAUGUUGAGUCAAUGGUGGUGCUGCCUACAGAAGGAGGUGAUAGUUCCAGAAGAAGAGAUUCUAUUAUUUUAGCAUUUAAAGAUGCGAAGAUUUCAGUUCUUGAGUUUGAUGACUCUAUACAUGGACUGCGCACAAGCUCUAUGCACUGUUUUGAAGGUCCAGAAUGGCUUCAUUUGAAAAGAGGUAGAGAAUCUUUUGCUAGAGGUCCAUUACUAAAGGUUGAUCCUCAAGGCAGAUGUGGUGGCAUUCUUGUUUAUGAUAUGCAGAUGAUAAUACUCAGGGCUGCUCAGGCUUCCUCUGGUUUGGUUGGAGAUGAUGACGCUCUUAGUUCUGGAGGUUCUAUCUCCGCCCGAGUUCAGUCGUCUUAUGUUAUUAAUUUACGAGACAUGGAUAUGAAGCAUGUAAAGGAUUUUAUAUUUCUACAUGAUUAUAUUGAGCCCGUGGUGGUUAUCCUACAUGAGCGGGAGCUUACUUGGGCUGGCCGUGUUUCAUGGAAGCAUCAUACUUGCAUGAUUUCUGCUCUAAGUAUCAGCACAACUUUGAAGCAGCCUACUCUCAUAUGGUCAGUUGUGAAUCUUCCGCAUGAUGCUUACAAAUUGCUUGCCGUGCCGCCGCCAAUUGGAGGUGUUCUUGUAAUUUGUGCAAAUACUAUACAUUAUCACAGUGAGUCAGCCACUUAUGCAUUGGCCCUGAACAAUUAUGCUGUUUCUAUUGAUAGCAGGUCAGUCACCCUCCCUUGCACUCAAGAGCUGCCAAGAGCAAGCUUCAGUGUGGAACUUGAUGCUGUUAAAGCAGCUUGGUUACUAAAUGAUGUAGCCUUACUGUCAGCAAAGAAUGGGGAACUUUUGUUACUGUCCCUUGUUUAUGAUGGAAGAGUCGUGCAGAGGCUUGAUCUUUCCAAGUCUAAAGCUUCAGUACUUACUUCGGACAUUACAACGAUUGGGAAUUCAUUAUUUUUCCUGGGCAGUCGUUUGGGUGACAGCUUGCUUGUGCAAUUUACCAAUGGAUUGGGACCUUCUGUUGUGUCAUCUGGUUUAAAAGAAGAGGUUGGAGAAAUUGAAGGUGAUGUUCCUUCAGCAAAGCGAUUGAAGAGGUCAGCCUCCGAUGGUUUGCAAGAUAUGGUCAGUGGGGAGGAGCUUUCUUUGUAUGGUUCAACUGCAAAUAAUACAGAAUCAGCGCAGAUGCAGAAAUCUUUCUCAUUUGCAGUGAGAGACUCAUUGAUUAAUGUUGGUCCUUUGAAAGACUUUUCAUAUGGUUUGAGGAGCAAUUAUGAUGCAAGUGCAACUGGAAUUGCGAAACAAAGCAACUACGACCUGGUAUGCUGCUCUGGUCAUGGAAAAAAUGGUACUCUUUGCAUUCUUCGGCAAUCAAUUCGGCCAGAGAUGAUUACAGAGGUUGACCUUCCUGGCUGUAGAGGAAUUUGGACUGUUUACCAUAAAAAUGCACGUGGUCAUAAUGUUGAUUUAUCUAAAAUGGCAGCAGCUGCUGAUGAAUAUCAUGCAUAUUUGAUCAUAAGUAUGGAGGCUCGCACUAUGGUACUUGAAACUGCUGAUCUUUUGUCGGAGGUCACUGAAAGUGUAGACUAUUUUGUACAAGGACGGACUAUUGCUGCAGGCAAUUUGUUUGGGAGGCGUCGAGUUAUCCAAGUCUUCGAACGAGGUGCUCGUAUUCUAGAUGGUUCUUUCAUGACUCAAGAUUUAAGUAUUGGAUCAUCAAACUCUGAAUCCAGUCCUGGCUCUGAGAGUGCCACAGUUUCAUCUGUUUCUAUUGCUGAUCCUUAUGUGUUAAUAAAAAUGACUGAUGGAAGUAUUCGGCUUCUUAUUGGUGAUUCUUCUACAUGCAUGGUUUCCAUAAAUACUCCAUCGGCCUUUGAAAAUUCAGAGAGAUCAGUAUCUGCCUGCACGCUGUAUCAUGAUAAAGGACCAGAGCCUUGGCUCCGCAAGGCGAGCACAGAUGCAUGGCUUUCUACAGGCGUUAGUGAGGCCAUAGAUGGUGCUGAAUCUGCUGAUGGUGGACCUCAUGAUCAGGGAGAUAUAUAUUGUAUUGUUUGUUACGAGAGUGGUGCACUUGAGAUUUUUGAUGUGCCAAACUUCAAUCGAGUGUUUUCUGUGGAUAAAUUUGUGUCUGGAAAAACCCAUCUUGCUGAUGCUUAUGUACGGGAACCGCCCAAAGAUUCACAGGAAAAGACGAAUAGAAUUUCUGAAGAAGUAGCUGGCCUUGGCAGGAAAGAAAAUGCUCACAACAUGAAGGCUGUUGAGUUGGCUAUGCAGAGAUGGUCCGGACAUCAUAGCCGUCCUUUUCUUUUUGGAGUAUUGACUGAUGGGACGAUUCUUUGUUACCACGCUUACCUGUUUGAAGCACCAGAUGCCACUUCAAAAACAGAGGAUUCUGUUUCUGCACAAAAUCCUGUUGGUCUAGGCAGUAUUAGUGCCUCAAGGCUUAGAAACUUGAGAUUUGUUCGCGUCCCCUUGGAUAGUUAUAUAAAGGAGGAAACAUCAACUGAGAAUUCAUGCCAAAGGAUUACCAUCUUUAACAAUAUUAGCGGUCAUCAAGGUUUUUUCCUUUUGGGAUCAAGACCUGCAUGGUUUAUGGUAUUUAGAGAACGAUUACGAGUUCAUCCACAGUUAUGUGAUGGGUCUAUUGUUGCCUUCACUGUUCUUCAUAACGUCAAUUGCAAUCAUGGGCUCAUUUAUGUUACUUCCCAGGGCAAUUUGAAGAUUUGUCAACUGCCAUCUUUCUCAAAUUAUGACAAUUAUUGGCCAGUGCAAAAGAUUCCACUGAAGGGAACUCCACAUCAAGUUACUUAUUUUCCAGAGAAGAAUUUAUAUCCUCUUAUAGUUUCAGUUCCCGUUCACAAGCCAGUGAAUCAAGUUCUUUCAUCACUGGUUGAUCAAGAAGUUGGCCAUCAGAUCGAGAAUCAUAAUUUAAGUUCUGAUGAACUGCUUCAAACUUAUAGUGUAGAAGAAUUUGAGGUUCGCAUCUUGGAAUCAGAAAAUGGUGGUGGCCCUUGGCAAACUAAGGCUACAAUUCCAAUGCAAAGUUCUGAAAAUGCGCUUACUGUACGAGUGGUUACACUGUUUAAUGCAACCACAAAGGAGAAUGAGACACUUUUAGCCAUUGGGACUGCUUAUGUGCAGGGGGAGGAUGUUGCAGCAAGAGGGCGUGUCCUUCUGUUUUCCGUUGUGAAAAGUACUGAAAAUUCCCAAGUUCUGGUUUCAGAAGUUUAUUCUAAGGAAUUGAAGGGUGCUAUAUCUGCUUUAGCUUCGCUUCAAGGUCAUCUGUUGAUAGCUUCUGGUCCUAAAAUUAUUUUACACAAGUGGACUGGUACAGAGUUGAAUGGUGUUGCAUUUUAUGAUGCUCCGCCAUUAUAUGUUGCAAGCAUGAACAUUGUCAAGAACUUCAUCCUUUUGGGUGAUAUUCACAAAAGCAUAUACUUUCUUAGUUGGAAGGAGCAGGGAGCUCAACUGAGCUUAUUGGCAAAGGAUUUUGGUUCACUAGAUUGUUUUGCAACGGAGUUUUUGAUUGAUGGAAGUACAUUAAGUCUUGUGGUUUCUGAUGAACAAAAGAACAUUCAGAUAUUCUAUUAUGCACCAAAGAUGCUGGAGAGUUGGAAAGGACAAAAACUGCUUUCAAGGGCCGAGUUUCAUGUUGGUGCCCAUAUAACUAAAUUCAUACGGUUGUCUAUGCUUUCUACAUCAUCUGAUCGAAGUGGUGCUGCACCAGGCCCUGAUAAGACCAAUCGAUUUGCUUUAUUAUUUGGUACUCUUGAUGGUAGUAUUGGUUGUAUUGCACCUCUCGACGAGCUCACAUUUCGUAGGUUGCAGUCACUACAGAGGAAACUUGUUGAUGCCGUUCCCCAUGUUGCUGGCUUAAACCCAAGAUCCUUCCGCCAGUUUCGGUCAGAUGGAAAGGUUCACCGACCUGGCCCUGAAAGCAUAGUAGACUGUGAGCUGCUUUCUCAUUUUGAGAUGCUUCCUUUGGAGGAACAACUUGAAAUUGCUCAGCAGGUUGGAACAACCCGUGCACAGAUUCUAUCCAAUUUGAAUGACCUCUCUCUGGGGACAAGCUUCUUGUGAAUGCAGCUGACCUACAAGCAAUUUGCUGGAGGGAUUAAUCAAGUACUUCACUUUGUUAUGAGAACCUUUUUUCUUUCUUGGGCCGACGGGUGCAUGUGGCUGUGUUAGAGAGGCAUUUUGGUCACCCUUGAAGAUCCUAUAGGGACGAAUACUGGAUUAUGACCUUCACAUAUCUAUCAUACAGAACGUCAUAGUAAAUGGCUGGCGAGAUCAGCUCUGUACUGAGAGCUGUAGCUUCUAAUGCAGCCAAAAGGAUAUGCCACCCGACGAUUUCUUUGAGUAUUGAUUGGGCUGGCAUGUCCAUGGAUUGAGAACUUCACACAAUGUUCAUAGAAAACUAGAUAGUCUAGAUUGUGUAGAUGUGAUGAAUAUGUCAACCCGAAGGCUUCUUGUGGGACAAUAUUUAUCUUGUUUUGAUUGCUGAUGAAAGUAGAUUUGGUUGUUCAAUGUAGAAACGCUGAUAACUCAUGAUGAUCAGUGAUAUGCUCAUGUAUUGAUCAUUACUGGAAUAAAAACAUGUCUUUGGAUUUUUCGAA